AUGCCCCCCGCCUUUGCCUCUCUUCCACCAUUCCCCCUGUUCUUGACGCCACUCAUCUUGUGUUGGCGUUGUGUGAUGAUGAUGAUGAUGAUGGUGAUGAUGACAUGGGUGACUCGUCGCACUUGCUGGCAUACGCCAUGCGCAUCUGUGCCCUGUCUUGCUUCGGUCAAACAUGUAGUCACUUCGUUCUUAGUAUCAUUUCCUUGCAACCAAUGCGAUGUCGUUCACGCCGUCUUAUCGUUCAUCCGCGUGCAUCUGCGUAUCGUUGUGUAUGUAGUCGAGCACGUGACGUGUGAGCCUCUGUGUAUGUGCACAUGUAUUCAUGCUCUCCUUGUUGCCCACUGUUGUUGGGGCGUUGCUCAUCGCUUCAUCGCUUUGUCUCAGACUGCUUGUCCUGCCCCUUUUCUUUCUUGA